AUGAUUGUAGUUAGGGUUGUUUAUCUACUUACAGGAUACUGGUACUUCUGGUCCAUUCUUUUGCUGAGUUUAUUUGGAAUCUUGGUUGUCUACACUUCAUUGCUGUUGAUACUUGGAUUUUUGUUGAUUCGGGAAGGGUAUGAACUAUACCUGUACUGGUGUCAUAAGAUCCUCGUUAUGCUGGUGAUUCUGAUAUGCGCUUUUUUUCUGUCGAUUUUAUGCAUUUACUGGAAAGACAGGUGGCUGACGUUUGGACUCUCACUGAAGGUGUUUGCUCCUCAUGUGCAUCUGACCAUGAUAACUCUGAUGGUUCUCCUUUCCUGGCCUGUGGCCUACUACUUGGUCCAUUUGGAACAAGAAGCUAGAUUCAGAAGAUACCAGAGUAAACGUCAUAGGAUAAAAAGAAUCAAGACAUGUGCUAGACUCACAAAGCUGAGAGCUGCACAAGUGGCUAUUGGACUGCCUUUUUUUCUUAUCCUUUUAUUUCUGUUUGUGGUGCCAUGGGGAUUUUAUUCUCCCUGCGUUGAGAAUAAGAAUAAAUUGGGACCCAAGCCGGCCCUCUUUGGACAUAGAGGUGCACCCAUGCUGGCGCCUGAGAACACCAUGAUGUCCUUUGAGAAAGCUGUUGAAAAUGACGCCUUUGGACUGGAGACUGAUGUAUUCUUAAGUAUUGAUGAGGUGCCUUUUCUCAUGCAUGACCAUAACCUGAGAAGAACAACCAAUAUCAGGGAGGUCAAGCCAAACGAAUCCUAUACAGCAACAUCCUUCUUCUAUUGGAAAUUCCUGUCAACUCUGAAUGCUGGCGAAUGGUUUGUAGAUCCAUGGAAGAAGCCAUUUUACAAUAUGAAACCCUUAUCAGAGGCUGAUGAAGAAAAAGCAGGAAGUCAGAAGAUUCCAAAACUAAGUGAUUAUUUGGAUAUUGCACGGAAGACAAAUAAAUAUGUGAUAUUUGAUCUUAAUGGCCCUCCACCAAAACAUCCUCUCAGAAGUACAUAUGUACGUCGUGUAGUAGAUGUGAUUCUUAAAUCUAAAAUUGAGCAACAUUUGGUUUAUUGGUUGCCUGGUUUUGAUAGGGACUAUGUGAGGUGGAGAGCUCCUAAUUUUCAGCAUGUGGGCCGGUUAGAUCCCGUUGCUGAACUUAAAAAAGAAAAUAUCAGUAUAAUAAAUGUUGACUACAAGAGGUUGUUCCACAACGGGUUGAGUGAUUAUAAAGCAGCUAACUUCAUUAUCAACUUAUAUAUCGUCAAUGAGCCUUGGGUCUUCUCACUGGCCUGGUGCUCCAAGAUUAACUCGGUGACCACAGACAACAUUGUGCUCCUCAGGCAGAUAAAUUACCCGUACUACGCCAUGACACCAAAGUCCUAUGUGUUCCUGUGGGUUCUCCUGGAUUGUAUUUCUGCAGUUUUCAUUUUCACCGUAUUUUAUUUUCAUUGGUGGAGAGAGAACCUAAGAGAACAAGUCUUCGAACGCACCAGCAGUUACACAGGUAAAGUUGGGGGCCUACCCCACUGCUACCCAUUACCCCAGGGCAUGGGGUCUGCUUUUCAUGUCACUGACAAGUGCUGA